AUGUUCUCCAAGCUAAAGAAAAACGACUCCUCCAAAUCAGUCUACACGCCCUUCCAACAGCCGUCAGACAAAAGCGUCAUCCCCACAGAGCCCGAGUUGUCGGCAUCCCAGAAGGAAAAGUACUUGACGGUGUUCAAACACUUUUCGAAUCCCGAUAUCGCUAUUCCCGUCAGCGAGGACAACCACAAGCAUAAGGACACCUCCCAGUACAAGCCGUUGACUGAGUCUGAAAAAUCGUGGUUGACCAGAGAAUGUUUCUUGCGUUACUUAAGAGCCACAAAGUGGGACGAACAGGAAGCAAUCAACAGAAUUGAAUUGACUCUAGCCUGGAGAAGAGAGUUCGGCAUUGAUCACAUUUUCGAUACGGAUAACGAAGUCAACAAGGAUUUGGUGUCGGAAGAAAACGAAACCGGUAAAGAAGUCAUUUUGGGCUACGAUAACGAUUCCAGACCUUGCUUGUACUUGAAGCCCGGCAGACAAAACACAAAGACAAGCCAGAGACAAGUGCAACACCUUGUGUAUAUGUUGGAAAGAGUCAUAGACUACAUGCCUUCGGGUCAAGAUUCUCUAGCACUUCUUAUAGACUUCAAGGCACAUCCCGUGGGCACCCAAGGAGGUAAAAUUCCUCCUAUUGGGAUUGGUAGACAAGUAUUGCACAUCUUGCAGACACACUAUCCUGAAAGAUUGGGUAGAGCUCUCUUGACUAACAUUCCUUGGUUGGGAUGGACUUUCUUGAAAAUUAUUCACCCUUUCAUCGAUCCAUUGACAAGAGAAAAGUUGGUUUUUGACCAGCCUUUUGUCGACUACGUUCCUGUGGGCCAAUUAGACAAGGACUUCAAUGGUGAGGUCAACUUUGAAUAUGACCACAGCAAGUACUGGGAAAGAAUGGUGGAAAUCUCCCAGGAAAAGAAAAAGGUGUACUACGACAGAUUCGUAUUAUUUGGUAGCAAGAUCGGAUUGAGUGAAGUAGACUUGAGAGGCACCCACGAAGAGUUGAUCCACCAAAUUCCACUGCUUGACUAA